CCUUCGGCGUCCCUAGCGUGUAGCACCCGCGGCGCCUGCAGGCCUGGAGGAGCGCGGCGCAGGGACCUCCAGACACAAAGAGCGGCGGCAGGACGCGGGUGGGAGGCGUGAGCCCGCCCGGCGCUCUUGGUCUGUCCGCGCGCGGGCGGAACCCGAGACGCCCCUAGCCCAGCCUGCGAUGGGAUGGACGAGGAGGAAGAAAGCCACUAUGUUUCGAAGCUCAGGGACCUGUACCACAGCUGUGACACCACAGGGACCGGAUUUCUGGACCGGGAGGAGCUGACCCAACUCUGCCUGAAGCUUCAUCUGGAGAAGCAACUGCCCAUCCUUCUGCAGACACUUCUUGGAAACGACCACUUUGCCAGGGUUAACUUCGAAGAGUUUAAGGAUGGUUUCGUGGCAGUGUUGUCAUCGCAGGCCAGUGUUGGCUCCUCAGAUGAAGGCAGUGUGGCUUUGGAAUCGGCUGCCCCCUGUGCUGUCCCGCCAAAGUAUGUGAGCGGUUCUAAGUGGUAUGGCCGUCGGAGCCGGCCCGAGCCCUGUGUGUCUGCUGGUGGAACCAGCUGUUUACCGGAGCAGCCCGCCAGGCCCAGUGUGAGAAACCAGCUCCGUCGCUCUGCGUCCCUGGAAAGUGUGGAGAGUCUCAAGUCCGAUGAAGAAGCUGAAAGCACAAAGGAGCCUCAGAUUGAGUUGUUUGAAGCACAAGGUCAGCUGCCAGCCUGGGGUGAGGUCUUCGGGAGCCCCCGGAAGCCCUGCAGCCCCUCCUCUGAUACCCCUGAAAGCCGGGUCCGGGACAUCUGGGAAGAGCUGGGUGUUGGCAGCAGUGGCCACCUCACCGAGCAGGAGCUGGCUCUGGUCUGCCAGAGCGUCGGGCUCCGUGGACUGCAGAAGGAGGAACUUGAAGACUUGUUCAACAAGCUGGACCGAGAUGGGGACGGCAGAGUGAGUCUGGAGGAAUUCCAGCUUGGCCUGUUCAAUCACGGGCCCCCUCAACUUCUGGAAUCUUCCACUCUUGUCAAACCGAAUGGGUCCUGGUCUCAUUACCAGGUCUCUGAAGAGGGCGGUGGCCAGACCACGACCUCGUCCCUCGUGUCCGUGUGCUCCAGCCCGCACCUCUUCUGCAGCGUGGACGAUGGUACCGGCUUCGCCUUCCCAGAGCAGAUCAUCGCCCUGUGGCAGCAGGAGGGGGUUCACAAUGGCAGAGAGGUCUUACAGAGCCUGGACUUCAGUGUGGAUGAGAAGGUGAACCUUUUGGAGCUGACCUGGGCCCUUGAGAACGAGCUUCUGACAGUGGAUGGUGCCGCCCAGCAGGCAGCCUUGGCCUGUUACCGCCAGGAGCUGAGCUUCUGCCAGGGAAAGGUGGAGCAGCUGGCCAGGGAGCGAGACAAGGCCAGGCAGGACCUGGAGAAGGCUGAGCAGAGGAACCUGGAGUUUGUGAAGGAGAUGGAUGACUGCCACUGCGCCUUGGAGCAGCUCACGGAGGAGAAGAUCAGGCGCCUGGAGCAGGGCUACCGAGGGAGGCUAAGCCUCCUGAGGACCGAGGCAGAGGUGGAGCGUGAGCUGUUCUGGGAGCAGGCCCGCCAGCAGAGGGCUGCCUUGGAGGGGGACCUGCAGCACCUUCGAGCAGAAGAGACCAGCCUCCGAGAGAAGUUGACCCUGGCCCUGAAGGAAAACAGUCGAUUGCAGAAGGAGAUUAUCGAAGUCGUGGAGAAGCUCUCGGAGUCAGAGAAGCUGGUCCUGAAGCUGCAGAAUGACCUGGACUUUGUGUUGAGGGACAAGCUGGAGCCUCAGAGCACGGAACUUCUGGCGCAGGAGGAGCGGUUCUCAGGAGUCCUGAAGGAGUACGAACUCAAGUGCCGGGACCUGCAGGACCACAACGAUGAGCUGCAGGCUGCAUUGGAAGGCCUGAGGGCACAGCUGCCUCCGAGUCGGCACAGCCUGCCCCACACACAGCUGGAUGGCCAGCUGCCCCCUGGACACAGCCCAGCAGGCAUUGUCACAUUUGUAGGUGACUCCAUUCCAGUGAGUUUAGAAACGGAGAUAAUGUUGGAGCAGGUGAAAGAACGUUACCAGGACCUCAAGAUCCAGCUGGAGACCAAGGUGAAUUACUAUGAAAAGGAAAUUGAGGGGAUGAAAAGGGACUUUGCGGAGGAGAGACAGGAAAUGGAGCGGGCCUUCAAGCUUGAGGUCAGCGUGCUGCAGGACCAGAAGGCCAAGCUGGUGGCGCUGCACUCAGAAUCGCAGGAGGUCGUCCAUGGCCUGAGGGACCGGCUGCAGAGGAUUGUGGAGCUGGACCAGGGCCAUGCAAGACUGACCCAGGAGAGGGACCGGCUGGAGGAGGCGCUGCAGCGGGUCAGAAUUGAAUUGGAUAAGCUUUCUGAAGAAAACACUGUUUUGAAAAAUGAGCUAGGAAGGAUCCAGCAAGAGCUUGAAGCUGCCAAAAGGACAGAGGAUGCACAGAGGAAGGAAAUUGAGGUUUUAAAGAGAGAAAAGGAAAAGGCCUGCUCUGAGAUGGAGGAGCUCUGCACACAGAGUCAGAAAUGCAAGGCUGAAUUGUCCCAGCUCAACGACAGGGUCCUGCAGUUGGGAGAAGAGGCCUCUACCCACCAGGCCCAGAACGAGAAGAAUCGCAUCAUGAUUCAGCUGCUGACAGGGAGAUUGGAGGGGGUGGUGCGCCAGGAGGAGCUGCAGAGUAAGCAAAUCCAGAAACUUGAACUUGAACUUGGACACGUGACUGAGGAACGUCAGAGCCUGAGACUGGCACAGUCACAGCUGAGAGAGGCCCUCGAAGAAAGUCAGGACCAGCUGAGUUUGGCGAGGUCCCAGCAUGCCCUCGAGGUCCAACGGCUGCAGGAGCAGGUGGGGCAGCUGGUGCCUCAGGGCCGCGUGGCUGAGCUGCAGCGGCUGCUGGAUGGGGAGCGACAGGCGGCUCGGCGGCUCCUGGAAGAGGAGGGGAGGCGACUGGAAACGCAGCGGGAAGCCCAUGAGAAACAGCUGAAAGCCACAGAGGAGCGGGUAGAGGAGAUGGAAAUGAUUUUGAAGAAUGUGGAAGUGCUCCUCCAAGAAAAAGUGGGUGAGCUGAAGGAGCAGUUUGAAAAGAACACACGCUCUGAUUUGCUGCUCAAGGAGCUCUAUGUGGAAAAUGCUCAACUGACGAAAGCACUUCAGGUCACUGAAGAGAGGCAACGAGGAGCCGAGAAAAAGUCCCGCUUCUUGGAAGAAAAAGUUAGAGCUCUCAACAAACUACUCAGUAAGAUCGCUUCAGCAGCCCUCUCUGUGUAAAGACUGCUUUUCUUCCGGGAGUUCAUUUCGAAAGAACAUCUUUUAAAAGUAAGCUGCUGUGAUGCCCCGAUUUCUGGGUUCGUUGUCCGUGCACCUCUGGACAAGUGAGCACUGUGGUUCUCUAUUCAGCCCACAAAUGUUUAACCAAGGUCUAUUGUGUGCCACAUGCAGGGGAAACAGACAUGUGGGGAAAAAAGUAACUUUUUUUUAAUCGGUCCUGGGUAAUUUUCCUAGGUAACAUUCCUAAUUUUUCUACUUUACUGGUGAAACAGAUUAUGGGGGCCCUCAGCAAGGUAAACUGUAAAAAUAAUUUGUGUUGUACUUCUGACCUUGGCUGCAUUAAAAUGCAAAAUCAGGGCUCUGUACAGUUUUACCAUUUCACUCACUGCUUUGGGUUUAGUCAUUAGCAUUCUCCGUGGUGGGUCAGUACAAACACUGCAGAGAUGCUUCACCUCCUGUGACUGUCAGCUGGUGAUAAGAGGAGGGGACAUGCCUGCGACAGGGCCUCCCCACCUCAGGGAGAUCUGGGCAGUGCUUGUACUUCAGGCCUUUGGACUCAGGGAGGAUGGCAGCUACUGUGAAUGCCAUCUUUUCCUCAUUGAAAUGUUAUCACACUGGAACGUGUACACUAUAUGUAAAAAAAAAAAAAGUAUAGUUUUAUAUCCAAAAUAUACAUAAAUUAUGGUCAUUUGGUUUAUCAGAGUAAACUACUGUUAUAUGAAGAAUCACUGUAUUUGCAAUAAAGUCCUUUUCUAUUAAAACUGA